UCUCUUAACCAUUGGGAAAACCACCUCGCCUGUAGUGGCAAACGGGCAGUUUUGACCGGCCAACACCAUUUGUGGAUUUAUGUAAAAGUGUCAGAAGCUCAGGAGAGCAAGGGGACGUGAAUUUCUCAGACGUUCGAAGACCGAUCUACCGGGUUCACCUGUACAGUCAUGAAGGCUUUUUUCCUGCUUGCCACAUUGCUGUGGUGUUUAGCAUCGAGUUUCUCAUGGGCAGCUAAGAUCGUGGUAGUUCCUCCAAUUAUGUUUGAGAGCCACCUGUAUAUCUUUAAGACCCUGGCCUCUGCUCUUCACGCCGAGGGCCAUGACACAGUCUUCCUGGUCUCCGAAGGUCGUGAGGUCCCGCCUUCCAACCAUUAUCGUCUCCAGCGCUACCCUGGAAUCUUUAACAGCACCUCAGCCGACGACUUCCUCCAAUCAAAAGUUCACAACAUCUUCUCAGGGCGUCUCACAGCACUGGAGCUUUUUGACAUCCUGGACCAUUAUUCUCAAAACUGUGAUGCUGUUGUUGGGAGUGCUUCUGUCAUGGAGCAGCUAAAACGUGAACAGUUUGACCUCCUGCUCGUUGAUCCCAAUGAAAUGUGUGGAUUUGUCAUAGCUCACAUUCUGGGUGUCCAGUACGCAGUAUUCAGCACAGGACUGUGGUACCCUGCAGAAGUUGGGGCGCCAGCACCCCUGUCUUAUGUCCCAGAAUUUAACUCUCUACUAACGGACCGUAUGUCAUUGUUCCAACGGGUAGCUAACACAGCAGUGUACCUGGUUUCCAGAUUUGGUGUCCAGUUCCUGGUUCUACCCAAAUAUGAUCGCAUCAUGAGGAAAUACAACAUCCAGCCAUCUGUGUCCAUGCAUGAUCUAGUUCAGAACAGUCGACUCUGGAUGCUUUGUACUGACAUGGCGCUUGAGUUCCCACGACCCACUCUGCCACAUGUUGUCUAUGUUGGUGGCAUCCUCACCAAACCCCCCAGCCCCUUGCCACAGGAGUUUGAAGCCUGGGUGAAGGAUACAGAUGAACAUGGUUUCGUAGUGGUGUCAUUUGGUGCAGGAGUGAAGUAUCUGUCAGAAGACAUUGCUCAGAAACUUGCUGGAGCCUUGAGCCGUCUUCCCCAGAGAGUCAUCUGGAGGUUCUCUGGAGUUCCUCCCUCCAAUCUGGGCAACAAUACUAAACUAGUGGACUGGAUGCCACAGAACGACCUGUUGGGCCAGACAAACACACGGGCCUUCUUGAGCCACGGGGGCUUGAACAGCAUCUAUGAGGCCAUGUAUCACGGCGUUCCCGUGGUGGGUGUACCGCUGUUCGGAGAUCACUAUGACACCAUGACACGAGUUCAGGCCAAAGGCAUGGGCAUAAUGCUUGAGUGGAAAAGGAUGAGUGAAGAAGACCUUUAUACUGCUAUGGUUAAUGUCAUAACAGACAAAAGGUAUCGUGAGCGAGCACAGUUGCUGUCUCAGAUUCAUAAAGAUCAGCCUGGUCAUCCAGUGAGUCGGGCAGUUUAUUGGAUAAACUAUAUACUCCGUCACCGUGGCGCCGAACACCUCCGCUCUGCAGUCUAUGAGAUCCCAACCUACCAGUACUUCUUAUUAGACGUCGCUGUGGUGAUAGGAGUGUGCCUGCUUCUACUUGGCUACUUGCUAUACCGAAUAGGCAAGUGCAUCCAAUCACGAUUGGGGCGCGGUUCAUCUCCAGUGGAGAAGGUGAACGGACACUGUCAUAAUGGAAUUCCAAAUGGCAAGCACAAAAGAAAUGGCCAUGUUAAAAGUAUGGAGAAGAAACUAAAGUAAAGCACUAGGAGAAAUCAACACUAACGCUUCACUAAAGAGAGGAAUUAACUACUCUUCACUCAAAGCAGGGCCUAUCCAGGAAAUAAAUACAUGGGUCAAUAAAGAAACAAACCAAACAUGAUAACAAUGAAUUGUAAGUGGGAAGCCAAAGUAAGGAAGAAUGGAAGGAAUCCAGAAAACAUAAAUGGAAAGCUCCUGAGGACGUUGUUUUCCCUGUUGAAUGGAGAUAAUGUUCAGUUGUGGUCCUGAAUGUUGAGAUUAUCCUUGUGGAAAAAGCAACGGUUUAGAAAUGUAUGUUUUUAACAAGAAGCUAUCAUGCUAUGGGGCAUCAGGUUUUACUACAUCUAAAUACAACAGAGAUCUAUAUCUAUUUAUAUAAAUUUCAUACAUUUUGUGCAUAGCACUGUUGACUGUUGUGCACUGAAUUUAAUUUAUGUUCUAUAUUUAUGUUUCACGCACUCCAUCCCUACUUUGUUUUCAUUUCUUCAGGAAUAAUAAUUCUCAGACGUUAGCAAGCUAGCAUAUUUGCUAGUGUUUAUGUUGCCAGCCUUGCCUUAAUCUUUAAUAUGCUUUUCGUUUUGCUAACAUUACAACCAGCACUAGCUAAUGCUGCUAGUUAUGCUAGCUAUACAAAAUGCUAGAGAUUUUGUUAGGGAUGUUAAACUUGAAAUCUUCUAUUUACAAUAAUUUUGGAAUGCUAGAAGCCAGUAUACUGGUAUACUAACAGUCUUAGAGCAUCUUAGCCACUUUUCCUGUUUUGUUUUGUUGUUCUUAGCUAAUUGCAUUUAAUGAAUUAAUAGCAAAACUGUAGUUUCUCUUCAGAUAAGGUGAAACAUCCCUUCACACGAUCCUUGUGUUGGCAGAUAUGGGUUCAAAUGAGCAAAAGGAAUCAAUUUAUUAAGCCAUUUUACCCAUACUAUUGUGUUGCUCCAUGGAUGUUUAGGAUUUGAAGUUUAAAUUCUUCCUUACUGAAGUCAUCUUUACUGAAUGGUUUAUUUUAUUAAGCAAAUCAUGCUUAGGAGGAAAACAUUUUUUAAAUGGGGGGGAGGGGGGUUUACAGUAGUUUUUAUGUGUGAGUGCCUGUGUGUCUCGAAAUGUCCCAAACAAACUACAUUUUUAUUAGAACGUGCAUCAGACGAGUGUUGUUAUCAAAGCAAAAGAUUGUUUGCUGACAUGUUCCCACAAAUCAGUAGGGGCCUAGAGUGACCUGGAGGAAAUUGGUACUGUAAUGAAUAUUUCCCAUGGUGCUCUACUGGUUCUUUUAACCUUCAGCCAUUUUCAUUACCAUAUUUUGGUAACAUGUCAAUCUAACAUUUAGUUGUGUAACUUUUCACCAGGUAUUUUGAGGUGGCAAUAAACUGAACUUCUGUAAAUUAUUUGUGCGUUAAAGUGCAUUCUCAGCCUCAGAGGUUUUAUUUUAUUUAAAAAAUGCCACUGGACAACCUGUUAUAAAAUCACAUGCUGGUUUUACAACUCAAUGUCAGACUGAACUGUUGCCUGUAAUACUCUGUGUGAUUGUUUUAAAUGUACCACAACACUGUUCAUAUAAACAUUAUAUUUCCCAGAUCACUAAACAGUCAUAUCACCUUAAGAACACUAGGAAUCACAACCAAAAUGACUUAAAAGAAGAUUCACUGACGUUAUAAUAAUUUGAAGCUGUUUUUACCACGAGGUUUAAAGCAUUUCUUCAGCCAAGCACUGUUUUAGACUGUCCAUACUUGAAAAUACACUGGCUGCAAUAUGGCUGUAAAUGCAUCAGAGCUAUGACUGGUUAAACAGUGACGCACACUCACACACUUUGAACAUUAUAGUUGUUUUCUAUUUGUUUUGUAUGAUUUUCAGUAUUAAUAUUAGAUGGAUAACAACAGAGGAAAAAGCUGCAGAUGGGCUCUAACGUGUGUGUGUGUGUGUGAGUGGUUAUAGAUUGUGAUUUCUUAUAUGUGAGGUGUGUAUGCGUGUACAUUUGAAUGGGGUUGCUUGAGCCAACUUGUGUCUAGCUUUGGCUUUAUAUACUGAUCAUUUAAAACCAAUGCUCCGGUUCACUUACAGUACAUCGAUGCCUUUCUUUGUCUCUCGUAAUCUGUUUCCUGAUAAAGUCCUUGUAGAAGUAGUUGUUAAAGGCUGCUUGAAGGAGUUUAGUCUAAUAUUUUUUUGUUUUUUUUU